AUGGACGCCGUCAACCGUGUUUAUACCGCAGCCUCCACUGCCUUGUGGGGCGAAAACAACACCGAAUCUCAAAAUAUUCCACAUGGCGAUGAGCCCAUCUCUGGCAUACAGGGCAAAGGCAUUGCCAGCGACCCCUAUGAUGCCGGAAACCGCGAUGAGCAACCCGAUGCCCCCAAGACAGACAUCGAUACGGCCCCACAAGAACCUAAACUCGACGGCACACCUUUGAACAAGGCUGAGCCAACCUCGACAGACAACAGCAUCAGCGCUGUCGGUGCUGCUUCUGGCUCUGGCUCUGGCUCCGGCUCUGGAUCCACCGACUCGCCCAAGCCCAAGCCCAUUGAGUCCCAGACCACAGAGCAGCGAAGCACUGAGGAAAACACAGCCCCCAAAAGCCAAGAAUUGGAGCAGGACCAGGAUCAAGAAAAGGAAGAAGACUCCACAGAAAACAACCCGGAUGAAACCACCACUGCUGCCCCCGCCCCAGCGCAUAAGAAGGAGGUCAGCGAGGAAGCGCUGAAGGGUCCCCAGGGACCAGCACCUAAGCCAGCCGAGGAGUUUGAGAAGGAGGAGAAGGGCAAGAAGGCAAAGAAGCCUGCUGAGAAAGAGGAGCACCGAUCUAGCGGAGACAGCGCCCAAUCUGAAUCUUCAAAGGAUAGUAAUAUCGCUGACCACGCCUCAAGCGGAAGUGGCGGAAGUGAUGGUUCCCAUGGAAAGCAUGGUACCAUUGCAAAGAUGAAGGAGCGUUUGCAUAAGGUUGCUCACCCACGCCACGGAAAUAACAAGGAUUAA